AUGCCACGUCGCCCUCGCGCAUUGCCGAGCGCGCCGCAUUGCCCCGUCCACGGCUGCUCGAAUCUCCCGGGCGAGGUUCCGCCCGCGCACGCGCCGAUGCUCCGUCACGCCGCGCGCGUCGCGUUCGCCGCGGCGCGGCGCCCACCCGCCGCGGCGCACGAAUCCCUCGCCCCCCGCGCGUUGUCCACGAGUAAGGGUUCCCUCGACGAGAAGGCCCCCGCGAACGCGGCGGAGGACUCCGCCGCCGCGCGAAGAGCGACCGCGGAAAAGUUAGCGGCGAAGGACGUGCAGAGCUGGAGCAGCCCGCUGUUCUCGCACGUCGAGGUGGACGUCGACGACGGGCGCGCCAUCCCGCGGUGGGCGAACUACGUCUUCGUCGCCGCCGUCGUCGCCGUGUUCGGGUACUGCGGUCACUUCGCGUACCAAGGCGAGACGAGGAAAGCGGAGGCGAGGGAGAGGGCGCGAUCGCAGACGGAGGAGCGCGCGCGCCGUGCCAUCGACGGCGGCGCGCUGAGGGAGCACCGAACGCGGAGCUUCCUCGACCCCGGAGAGGGAGACGACGACCCGUUCGACGGGCUGUCGCCGGAGGAGAUCGCCAAAUUAGCAGAGGGGGAGGGGAAGCGAGAGACCGAGGGCGGGGCGUAG